GCCCUAGCGGGAAUUACAGCCUCUCCCAGCCAGCUGCCAGCAUGAUUUCAUCUGCUGGAGGAUUUUUGCAGCUGAUCGCUUGAGGUUUUGUUCAAGACAGACAUCAAUUGCAAGAAGCCGGAUGAUGGGAACCUCUUCCCUCUCUUGGAAGGGCAGGAUUCAGGCAGCAGCAAUGGCAACACAAGCAUCAAUAUCACGGACAUCUCAAGGAACAUCACUUCCAUACACAUAGAGAACUGGAAGAACUUGCAGACACUGAACGCCGUUGACAUGGAGCUGUACACGGGACUCCAGAGGCUGACAAUCAGGAACUCAGGACUACGAAACAUCCAGCCACGAGCCUUUGCCAAGAACCCCCACCUGCACUACAUAGACCUCUCCGGGAACCGGCUCACCACUCUGUCAUGGCAACUCUUCCAGACACUGCGACUCUUUGAACUGAGACUAGAGAGGAACCUUUUUAACUGCAGCUGUGACAUCCGCUGGAUCCAGCUCUGGCAGGAGAAGGGCGAGGCAAACCUGCAGUACCAGGAUCUCUACUGCAUGACCAUGGAUGCAGCCAUCAUCACUUUGAAGGAGAUGAACAUCACCCAGUGUGACCUUCCUGAGAUCAGUGUGAGCCACGUGAACCUGACGGUGCGGGAAGGGGAGAACGCUGUCAUCACCUGCAAUGGCUCAGGAUCACCACUGCCAGACGUGGACUGGACAGUGGCAGAGCUCCACUCCAUCAACACCCACCAGACCAACCUCAACUGGACCAAUGUUCAUGCCAUCAAUUUGACCUUGGUGAAUGUCACCAGUGAGGACAAUGGAUUCCUGCUUACCUGCAUUGCUGAGAACGUGGUGGGGAUGAGCAAUGCCAGUGUGCUGCUCACUGUCUACUAUCCCCCUCGCAUCCUUACCCUGGAGGAGCCGGUGCUACACAUGGACCACUGCAUUGCCUUUGCAGUGCAUGGCAACCCAGCUCCCACCCUCCACUGGCUGCACAACGGCCAGGUCCUCCGGGAGACAGAGAUCAUCCGCAUGGAGUUCUACCAGCAAGGGGAAGUGUCUGAGGGUUGCCUGCUCUUCAACAAACCCACUCACUACAACAAUGGCAACUACACGAUUGUGGCUACCAACCAGCUGGGCUCGGCCAACCAAACUAUCAAAGGACACUUCCUUGAAAAGCCUUUUCCAGAAAGUACGGACAACUUUGUCUCAAUCGGUGAUUAUGAAGUGAGUCCCACCCCACCGAUCACUGUGACCCACAAACCAGAGGAGGACACUUUUGGGGUUUCCAUAGCGGUUGGGCUGGCAGCUUUUGCCUGUGUCCUCUUGGUCGUGCUCUUUAUUAUGAUCAACAAGUAUGGCCGGCGGUCCAAGUUUGGGAUGAAAGGUCCCGUGGCAGUGAUCAGCGGAGAGGAGGAUUCAGCCAGCCCUCUCCACCACAUCAACCAUGGCAUCACGACUCCCUCGUCGCUGGACGCCGGGCCAGACACGGUGGUGAUCGGCAUGACCCGCAUCCCCGUCAUCGAGAACCCCCAGUACUUCCGACAGGGUCACAACUGCCACAAGCCAGACACGUAUGUCCAGCAUAUUAAGAGGAGAGACAUCGUUUUGAAGAGGGAGCUGGGAGAAGGUGCCUUUGGGAAGGUGUUCUUGGCCGAGUGUUACAACCUCAGCCCCACCAACGACAAAAUGCUGGUGGCAGUGAAGGCUCUGAAGGACCCCACGCUGGCAGCCCGCAAGGAUUUCCAGCGGGAGGCAGAGCUGCUCACCAACCUGCAGCACGAGCACAUCGUCAAGUUCUACGGCGUGUGCGGAGACGGCGACCCGCUCAUCAUGGUCUUCGAGUACAUGAAGCACGGGGACCUCAACAAAUUCCUCAGGGCACACGGCCCAGAUGCUAUGAUCCUCGUGGAUGGGCAGCCUCGACAAGCCAAAGGGGAGCUAGGGCUAUCCCAGAUGCUCCACAUUGCUAGCCAGAUCGCCUCUGGAAUGGUGUACCUUGCCUCCCAGCACUUUGUCCACAGAGACCUGGCUACCAGGAACUGCUUGGUCGGAGCCAACCUGCUGGUGAAGAUUGGAGACUUUGGGAUGUCAAGAGAUGUCUACAGCACUGAUUACUACAGGGUUGGAGGACACACCAUGCUGCCUAUCCGCUGGAUGCCUCCGGAGAGCAUCAUGUACAGGAAAUUCACAACAGAGAGUGACGUCUGGAGCUUCGGGGUGAUCCUCUGGGAGAUUUUCACAUACGGGAAGCAGCCCUGGUUCCAGCUCUCAAACACAGAGGUAAUUGAGUGCAUUACCCAAGGCCGAGUUUUGGAAAGGCCCCGAGUCUGCCCCAAGGAGGUUUAUGACAUCAUGUUGGGCUGCUGGCAGAGGGAACCUCAGCAACGGCUCAACAUCAAGGAGAUCUACAAGAUCCUCCAUGCUCUGGGCAAGGCCACACCAAUCUACCUGGACAUCCUUGGCUAGCAGUGGCCACUUGUUUGAAGUCCCUGCUCCUUCCUCCCGUCCUUCCUUCCUUCCUUCUCCUCCUCCCAAACCCUUUGCCCCUCAGCUCCCAAGCAAACAUCUUCAUAUAAACUCAAGUGCCUGCUACACAUACAACACUGAAAAAAAGCAAAACAAAAAGCAAACCAACAAAAAUCCCACAGAACAACAACCUGUAAGGCAGUUUGGCUUAUAUAUAUUUAUAGAUAUCUCUCUCUAUAUAACUUCCACACCAAUACAAAAAGAAGCUGCUGUUACAGAAAAUUGUGAGACUAUAUAUUA